AUGGGUGUUGAGGUGCAUCCACAUAUCAAAGUUGAGGCAAAAUCGGAAGAUAUAGACUUACUACCAUCGCUAAAUCCUAUUGAAGAGGUGAAAAAUAUUAAAUCCAUCUCCAAAACAUCGAGCAAAUGUGAAAGCAGUGAUAACUGCAAUAAUGCAGAUAGUUGCAACAAUUCAAGUCCAUUUGUUGCAAAGGAAGGGGAAAACGAUAAAGGAUCACCAACACUUUGGGCCUUUCAUCAGCAGCGAUAUGACCAAUUUCUGAAGGCGUAUUUUGGAUACGACGCAGAACAGAGAAUUAAGUGUGUACGUCAGGCAUCACAAAUAUGUGUGAUUGGUCUUUCUCUUCAAAAGAAGAAUCAAAAUCGUAAUGGUGACACCGUUCACGCCGCACGUCGUUUUCUUCGGCAUUCUGUUCUUGCAGUAGAAGGAGAUGCGGCGUUUGUUAGACUUGUACAGAGGGCAAGGUCUCUAUGGGAUGAGGAUGACGGAUCUCAAUACAUUCAGGAUCCCUGUCAAUGGCCUAAUGCUCGUUGCAUUGCACUUCAUUACGGUCACCCUUCUACAACUGUUCUACCUGGAGAAGGGAAUUACCAUGAUGAUGAGAGUGCCCCUUCCUCUAGUACUACAGGAAUUGAGGAGAGAAUGAAGUUUCCACUGGCUACAUUUAUGGCAGUAGUGGCCACUACACCUAUUGAGGAAGGUGAGGCAGUGCGUCUGUGUCUCCGCUCGUACCACCGCUGCUUGGAUGAAGCGACGUGGUAUGAACAACAGUUCGGGCCGAACAGCCACGGCAGUGUUGCACGUGGGGUGAAACGUUUUCACAUGUGGCCACCUGGACUCGCCUUCUACCACGGUGUUGGUGCACGCCACGCCGGGGCAGAGCCAGUGGCGGGAUUCCCCUUCACACUGCUUGAUCUCGCGCCGGCAACAGCCAUUGGGGAAGGCGAAAAGGGUCUCUUUGCAGCACAUCCAGUACCAUACGCUACAUGCUUUCUUUACUGCGGUCCAGCGGUCGCUACAAAGGUAGUAGAAGCGAGAAGACGGCGUCUCGCUGUGGGUUCUGAUAAUAUUGCGUCCCCUACUAUUGCCACGGGUUCUCAUUCUACUAAUUCUGCUGCUACUACCAAUAGUGCUAGGAGUAGCAAGAGUAGAGCUGAUGAUGCCGUACCAGAAGAUGUAUCGGUUGAUGAUGCGACGUAUGCACUUGGUAUGGGUCGACAUGGACUUUGUUUUGGUCAAGGUCUGAUGCGAUAUGCAAACCAUCGCUAUAAUUUGAGCAACUAUGGUAAUGUUGAACUGUGUUCAGUGAUGUUAUCCGUCACAAGUGAGUUUUCUCCUCUUGCUGCAGCGCUUGAAAAGCGUCGAAAAGGUAACACACAGACAAAAAAGAAAACACGUAAAGUUCUCCCACAACGAAGGUUAGAAAAAUCACAAAAACUUGGUAUUACAGAGAACAAUACUGGGGGAAUUGUGGUAAAGAAAAAACGGUACCGACCCCUUGCUGGACGCCGGGUAUUUCUUGAAGAACACAGUCACUUUGUAACCAUCCCAUUCUUUAUUGCGACGACUGAUAUAGAGGUGGGAGAACAACUUUUGGCAUGGUCAUACGGUGAAGAGUAUGAUGCUCGAUUGGAACGUUAUGCUGUUUGUGAUGGAAAUAUCGUACCAUACACAUAUGCAGCAGUGCUUGAUAGACGAACACCAGUUGGACGUUGGCAACGUUACAAAGGUGACUACCGUCAUGGUAUGGAUGUAGGAGAUAUUGUAUGGUGUUGUCAGUCUUCCUUUGGUAAUGCUUCUGUUGAUCCUUUAAACGAGUUAUUUGUUAUAAUAGAGAUGCAGCGUAAAAAUUUAGGUUACUUGUUACUGCGACCCCUUAUCCGCAGUUCUGCCUCUCAUCAAGGAUUUCUUCUUCACCCUGAUGAAAUUAAUAAUGAUGAGAUGUAUGUGCUCGAUGUGUGUACCCUGAAAACACUAGAGCGCUGCGUCAUUGCUCAUGUCGAUACAGUAGGUCUGCUAUUGGAAGACAUUGACUAUAGAACACUAGAGGAAGCCAAACGAUCCUCGGCUCUCUCCUCGUCAGUGUCAUCACCUCAAAUUGCAGGAAACGGGAACAAUUGUGGUGGAGAGUUAUCGUCCUCAUUUUAUCAUAUUCUCAUUGAUAGUGUGGCUCUUCGAAGGGCGACGAGACUAGUUCUUGAAAGUGAGCGAGUUUACACGGCUACGUCAGGACUUCUUAAUGGACGUGUUUGGCCGUUCCUUCAGAAUUCUGGAGAGGGUGGGGCUCACAAGAACCGAAAAGAGUCAGUGAAGAGCAAGAAGAAUGGGAACAAAAGAUCCACAAGUUAA